UGCAGGUGAGAGAGUACACGCGACGCGACUUUCUUUUUUGUCAAAGACGACGCUCGUGUCACUUCUGUUUUCUGACUGGAACUUUGACUUAUUUAGACUUUAUAUAGUUGUUUAAUUACUCGCUGUGAAAUCCUUUGAGCUGAUGGGAGACACCGCGGUUCAGCUCACCGGUGUAAAUGAAGUGGGGAACAGUGGAACCAAAAGCAGACCUCUGGUUUCCACCAUGUCCACAUCAAGGCGAGGAGCAACAGUGAGCUUCCACAACAUCCAUUACAGUGUGAAGAUGAAGAGUGGAUUCCUCUGCAAGAGGAAGAUCACACAGAAAGACAUCCUCAUCGAUCUCAAUGGCAUCAUGAAGCCGGGACUGAACGCUAUUCUGGGAGCGACGGGAAGUGGAAAGUCAUCUUUUCUGGAUAUCUUGGCUGCUCGUAAAGAUCCUGCUGGUCUGUCUGGUGAGGUUCUGAUAGACGGAGCUCCACAACCUCCAAACUUCAAAUGUUUGUCUGGAUAUGUAGUUCAGGAUGAUGUUGUGAUGGGGACGCUGACCAUUCGAGAGAAUCUUCGUUUCUCAGCGGCAUUACGACUUCCCAAAACAAUCAGUCAGCGAGAAAAAGAUGAGAAGGUUGAGAGACUCAUUCAGGAGCUCGGAUUGAGCAAAGUGGCUGAUUCACGGGUGGGCACGCAGCUGAUUCGCGGAGUCUCGGGUGGAGAGAGGAAGAGGACGAAUAUUGGUAUGGAGCUGAUCAUUGAUCCUCCGGUGCUGUUCCUGGAUGAACCGACAACGGGCCUGGACGCCAGCACGGCAAACUCUGUCCUCAAACUCUUGAAACGGAUGGGGAACAAUGGUCGUACCAUCAUAUUGUCCAUUCAUCAGCCGCGUUACUCCAUCUACAGGCUGUUUGACAGUCUGACGCUGCUGGCCGGAGGACGACUGUUAUAUCACGGAGCCGCUCAGAACGCUCUCAACUACUUCAGUGACAUCGGAUACACCUGUGAAGCUCAUAAUAACCCUGCCGAUUUCUUCCUGGACAUCAUCAAUGGAGACUCGACGGCCGUCACGCUCAACAAGUUAAAUGACAGCGAGGAACUGGACCAGGAUCAGCUCACUUCAUCUCUGAAGGGAAUCCAGGAGCAUUUAGUGGAGGAAUACAAGAAAAGCUCAAACUACAAAGAAACUCAAGCUGAGGUCCAGAGGAUCAUUCAGGGUAAAGAUUACAGCACACGACCCAAAUCCAGAACCAUCACCUACAACAACUCCUUCUUUCAUCAGUUCAACUGGGUUCUCAAGAGGACCUUCAAGAACCUUCUGCUCAAUCCUCAGACUUCAAUCGCUCAGAGUUUGGUGAUGGUUUUUCUGGCUCUGGUUGUUGGAGCGAUCUUCUUUGAUUUGAAAACUGAUGGAAGUGGAACUCAGAACAGGAUGGGUGUUCUGUUCUUCAUCACAACCAAUCAGUGCUUUAGUUCUCUGUCCUCAGCUGAGCUUUUCAUCACAGAGAGGAAACUGUUUGUACACGAGUACAUCAGUGGAUACUACAGAGUCUCCGUUUACUUUCUGACCAAGAUCCUGUCUGACAUCCUCACACUACGAACCAUUCCAGCUAUAAUCUUCAGCUGUGUGGUGUACUGGAUGUUAGGACUGAAAGCAACGGCCGAGGCUUUCUUCAUUUUCUUCUUCUCUGUUAUUAUGGUGGCGUACACGGCCACAUGCAUGACUCUGGCCAUUUCUGCAGAUCAGACAGUGACGGCCAUCGCAAACAUCUUCAUGACCAUCGCCUUUGUGUUUAUGAUGAUCUUUUCUGGGCUGUUGGUGAAUCUGACCACCAUUGCUGCUUGGUUAAACUGGUUAAAAUAUUUCAGUAUUCCUCGCUACGGUCUGACUGCUCUGCAAAUUAACGAGUUUAGGGGACUUCAAUUUUGUGACAAAAGAAACUUGACAGGAUCCCUUGUAGAAGUGUAUGUAUCAUUAUAUCAUCAUUAUAUAUCUCACACAAACACACACAUACAGUACACACAAUCUUUCACAUUUUUUUUGUUGUAUUUUUGUAGGUGUACUACAGGAGAGAUGUUUCUAGAGCAGCAGGGCAUUGAUUAUUCUGAAUGGGGUUUGUGGCAAAAUCAUUUGGCUCUGGGCAUCAUGAGCAUCAUCUUCCUCAUUAUUGCUUAUCUUAAACUGCGCUUUAUCAAGAAAUUUACAUAAACACACACACACACACGUCCUCUUAUUUAAUAGCUGCUAACAUCUGAUCAGUUUUAUAGCAGUUUAUUUUAUAUUACACUGGAUUUGGGUUGAUGUCAUAACUGUGUAAAUAUUAUGCUCAUAUUUGAUAAUCAUGACCACAGAAACUCUUCACCAAUCUGCUCAGGUAUUGAAUGAAAGCUUUAAAUCACUUUUGUCUAUGCACACAGUAAAUAAGGGUUGCAUUCAGGAGUCACUCCAGUUUAAGAAAAAAAGGUCUGUUUUAUGCACUAUAACUGUGGAAAAUAUUUCUGAAGUUUCUUUUUUAAUAUUGUUAGUGUUUCAUAAUUAAUCUUAUAAUAGUGUUUAAUAGAAAAUAAAAAAUUAAUGUUUAAUAAAAAUGUCAUUUUGAACAAAACCAUUUCUGGACUAAAGUUUAUUCAUCUUGUAUAACAUUCAGCUGAUGUGACCUCAGAAACCAACACACAAAUAAAUCACACAUGACCUCUGUGUCUGUGUUAAAGUAGUCAUGAACUAUAAAAACAUCCUGUAAGUUUCAGACCUCAACAUUUUUUCAUGACUUAAAAUAAAACAGCAAAAAAACAAGCUGUCAAAAUGCUUUGUCAGAUUUUGUCUCUACAAUAAACCUUUGUAGACGAUCAACAUUUGACUCGUACACGCUAAAAAUGAAAAUGAUUGGUUAUUUUACAGUUUUUCUCAGUCACUUUUUUUUUAAGAAAUUCAUUUUUUAAAACACUUCAUCAAGUCAGUUGUGCACAACAUAAAAGCAAAUUCUCAUUGUUUUGAACAAAUUGCAAAUGCUUUGAUACAAAGAUGAUUAUGUGCAAUUGUCUUUUACAUUUUUAAUUGCUUAUGUCAUUUUCAUCAAAAUACAUUAUACUGAUUGUGAAAUUAGUUCAGCGCACAAGUCAUGACCUUUUUGUCAUAAUCUGUUUUUUCAUUUUUUGUAAAUGUGAACUGUAUUGAUAAAUUGCUAAAGGGGAAUAAUGAAUGUGUGAAGUGUUAGGUGUCUGUAUAAAACAUGUUGAGUGAUUAUUUGCUAUGUUGCACGAAAAGGAUGUCCAUCAGGAAAAAAAUGAAUGAAUUUUUUACAUUAUACAGUGAACCUUUUUAUUCACAAUUGUAUUUGUACAGUAAAAAUAUAACGUGUGUAAAAUUUAACAGAAAAAAUUAAAGGUAUAAAUGUGAAUUCUG